AGCGAAAGCAGUGUUUCCAACCCCUCCGACUAUUCCAGCAAAGUAUUACUCCUUGGAGUAUAAAGAGUGGUGGAGCCAAGUUCAUGGUAACUACCUCGAGAAUCAUGUGGGUGACUUGAUUUGGAUUUGUGAUCUUGCAGUUGACGAUGUGAUCACCCCUUCAGAUCCCGUGACUCUGGUCUCCAAGAAGAAAAGGGCACCUGAUACUGAUGCUAAGUCUUUGCCCCAGAAAAAGGCUAUGCUUGCAGCACCUAGGGCUGAAGUUUUGAUCAAGGAUGCUCAGAAAGAAAUGUCUCCUGCCAAGGCGAGUGAGAAUCAAGUUCUUGAAAAGCAGAGUAGUGAUGAGAAGAACUGGAAACAUCUUAGAAAAUCUCGUCUUGGACCACUGAAGAUCAAGUGAAGGAGAAAGCGCAGAUCAUGACACCGUCGCUGGAUUGAUAGCAGAAACCGGCCCAAGUCAUUGUAAAGAAGUUCCGAUCCAUGAAAUACCCAAGUCUUCUCAUGCGAAACCGGCUGCAUCUGUAUUCCAUGCAGAAGACUACUUCUUUACUUUGUAUAAGGAGUUCAUCAUCAAUACUUGGAGUGGCAUUCAACAAAAGUUAGGACGGGCAACAGCAGAGAACGUCUCAUCUCUUCGGGAGAGUGUUGAGAAUUGUGUUAUCUUGAUGGAGAAGGAGGGCAUUGACCUUUCCAUGUUGAAGACGAGAGUGAAGCAUUUCUUUGAAAGGGCACAAUCAUUUGAUCAGACAUGCUCGACUGUUGUUGAUAGGGUUCCUUCUGAGUAACAAUCUCAGGAAUUGGCUAUGUCGCAGGCUUUUUGUGAAGAUAUUGAAGCUAAGAGAUCUCAAAACCAAGUGACAUUACUUGAUGAUGAGAAAUCUCUUAAAGAUAUCAAAAAGAAGAUAGCCCUAUUGGAAGCUGAAGCUAAGGAAGUAGAAGUUUUGAUCUCCAAGAGUCGUGUAGAGGCUAGUGACUUAGACGCAGCUCUUACGAAGGCUAAGGAGGAAUCUUCAUGGAUUUUGAAGACUAUCAAAGCAUCAGAUGAGGAUCAAUUUUCUUUAAGUACUCAGAAGAAGGAGCUAGAGGCCUUGAAGGAUGACUUAGUUAGCUUUAAAUUGUUUUUAGGCUGAUACUUAGCUUUUAGAUUAGCUUUUAGUCAGCAAACAACUCUUUUCCUUACUUCUUACCAAACUAUAUAUGGAUAUUUGCUUCCUUUGUUGCUUCUCAUGAGUUGAUAUUGCCUUGCUU